ACGCGUUUCCUGAGCUAACAACAGUCGCUUUGGCUUGACAGAUAAUUUCAAGACAAUUUAAUCGUACAAAUACUUCUUUAGGAUAGUAUUAGAACUUUUGGCAAAAUGCUUUACGGGAAGCCCUUAGUCAGUUAAUAUAGAUGGGUGUUUAUGUCAUUAAACAGGUGUUUUAUUGUAACCGGUUUUGCUACAUUGUCGUAGCUAGCAUAUAAACAACAUUGCUAGCUCUUGUACCUGCUAGCUUGGUGUCUUUGGCUAAAAAGCUACGUUAACAAGUUGUAUUUAAGUGACAAUCUGGCUGUCUUUUAUUCCGGACCACAGCUGAAGUAGAGGUAAAGGAAUGGUGCAGCCACAGCCUGACGGCCCUAUGCAGUGGGACAUGUCAGGAGAGGACAGUGGAGGGGCCUUGAGGGUCCCACCUGAGCUGGCUGCCAAUGAAGUGGUGACCCGGUUGUUGGGUGACAAUCAGCAGCUUAGAGAGGCCUUGCGCCGCAGCAACCUGGCUUUGCGUCAGCGCUGUGAAGAGAUGGAGGGAUGGCAGCGAAGAACGAAAGAGGAAAGAGAGUUUCUAAGCUGUCGUUUCCAGGAGGCCAGGGCGCUGGUGGAGAGACUAGCUCAGGAGAAUCACUCCUUACAGGGUCUGGUGAAUGGACCAGGUUCCUCCUCCAACCACUGUUGUAGUAACUCCAGCCAGACUGAGGAGCAGCAGGGUCGCCCGUCAAGGAAUGGACCUCUGGACGGCCCACAGACCCUGGAUCAGCGGGAGAGGAAGAGGGUGGAGGAGAUGGAUCAACACACACAGACUACACCACCUCGAAGCCUGGGUGAUGCAAGUGUGCAUAGCUCCUUGAAUAGCACCCUACCAACUCCAUCUGCCUCACUUUCAGUAGAAUGGGGGGGGGUGUUAGGCAGGGAAAAUGACCAGCCUGUAGAAGGAGCAAAUGAUUUUCUCCAGUUGCUGAAGAGCCACAAAGAAACACUGGAGGAGGGUAUGAGAGAGCUGAGGAGGAAGAAUGAAGAGCUGGAGAGGGAGAGGGAGGAGGGAGAGAAGGACAGGGAGAGAAUGCGUCGUUUCAUUGACCAGCUUCGAGGAAAACUGGCUCUGGCGCAGCAGACAAGCAACGUUACCGAAGAGUCAGUACAACAUCGCUCAGAGGCACAACACUCAUCUGACUGUUCUAGCCUGGCUAAACUCACAGAGCAGCUUCAGGCCACACAGGGCAGGUAUCGAGAGUUGGAGGAAAAGCUUGAUUACUUGCAGAAGAGCUCAGCUCAGCGAGACAAAACUGAAGCUCUGCUCAAACAGAAGGAUAAGGACUGUGCCCAGCUGGCGAAGGACUGUGAAGCUCUGAAAGCUCAAGCGACAUCUCUAUUAGGAGAACUGAAUGAGAGACAGAGCUGCUUGGAUAAGAGUGAACACGAACGCAAAAUAUUGGAAGAAAAGCUGUGCAGUAAGAUGAAGGCCCUGCAAAUGGCAGAGCGGGAGCUGGAGCAGCAAAGGAAGCAGCAUCAUGUGGCCAUGGACCAGUUGCUGCUGCAGACCCAGAGCCUGGAGCAAGCGCUGAAGACGGAGCGACAUGUUGUCACAGAGGAGAAGAAAAAAUUGACACAACUACAGCAUGCUUACACAUGUCUCUUUAGAGACUAUGAUUCAAAACUGAAGAGUGAGGGAGGAGAUCUGUGCAGCCGGCUAGAGGAGGCAGAGAGAGCUCUGGCCCUGAAGCAGGAUCUGAUUGAUAAACUGAAGGAAGAGGUAGAGCAACAGAAAGGCUCACUGGAGACAGUCCCUGUUCUCACAGCACAGGCUGAGAUCUACAAGGCAGAUUUCCUAGCGGAGCGAGAAGCAAGAGAAAAGCUUAACCAGAAGAAGGAGGAGCUGCAGGAUCAGCUGAAUCAGGCUCUGGCUGAGAUCGACAGGCUCAAACAGGAGGCCACAUCACGCGCACGUAUGGAGCAAAUGAAGCUGAGACACCGGGAGGACUUUCCAGCACGGGCCUCACACAUUCCUCCUCCACCAGGUGUGUUCCCUUUCAACACCGCACCCCCACCCUCAUCGUUCCGCAGUCAGGGUUUGCCACCAGUGGGAGAUCAAGGUGCAGCUGGUGCUGAGGAUCUGCCAGAUUUAUGUUGUCCUAAGUGCCAGUAUCACGCUCCAGAUAUGGACACGCUGCAGAUUCAUGUCAUGGACUGUAUACAGUAACAUGAGCAGAGAUCAACACACCAUAACAUCAAUCUAUUCACACACACAGUAUAUACAGGAGACAUAUGUACCUAUUUCUUUCUCAAAAACACAUUAGGCAGUUGCACCUUACUUUCUCUGCCAUUAAAAUAUGCAUAUAUAUCAAAGAUCUAAUGUGAUUACAAAUAAUCUAAUUGGGUGGUUCACAACAAUCAAUUGUUUCUACUCCUUCUGCCUCCACAACAAUUCAUCUUUUCACCCGCCCAGUCUCUUUUCUUGCAUCACAACCCCCAUCAUACCCUAACAUGUCCAGCAGUAUUUGUUCAUCAGUUUUUUCCCACUUCACUCUAUUAGUGUAGCGACGACCUCAAAGGUAUCUACACACACUGGAGUAAGGGUUUUUCCUCAACUGCAUCUUCCAUAUUAUAUCCAUACAUAAUAGACUUAGACAAAAAAAAAGACAAUUCAGAGGGGAGGAGCUCCCUAAAAAUGAGAAAAAAAUGUGAAUAACCUAGUGAGCUUUAAAUGAUAAAGUAUAUUCAUAUAUGUUUUGGUCAUAAAUGUUGCUUGUCUACAUUACCUCAAAACAUGUAUUACUAUGUAUUAGAGAUGGGUUUACUCUUAUUGAAAAAAGUAGCCAUUCUCUGUGUUAUGUGCCUGUGUACACAUUUUACUGCAUCACUGCUUUUAUCUCUAAUGCUAGACCUAUCCCUUGACCCAAUGCCUUUUUGUGCCCCUUAUGUCUAUAUUUACCUGUGGCACCUUGCUAUUUAUCAGAUUGUAAGCACAUCAAGUUCCCUUCACAGUCUGUGUGAAUGUUGUCUGUAAUUAUAGAUCAUUUGGUGCGAAGAAUAUUGUUUCAAACUGUUUAAGAUAAAAUAAAUAAAUCAGUUAUUCAUUAGUU